CUCUAAGAUAUAAUUUUUUUAAAUUAAUGCAAAUUAUUUGUCAUAAAAGUUAUACUUUAUAUUUUUAAUUUAGAAUGAUAAAGCAUUAGGAGGAAAGCAUUAUACUGCAUCAAAAUUAACUAGAAUUAACCAUAAUUAUUCAACUGAUUCUUCAUUAUUGAUUGUCCCUGAAACAAGUGUACAUCCUAGGAGAAUACAACCUCCUCAGACAUUAAGUUUACAUAGCAAGAUAUUUGUUCCUACUCCACAGACAGACAAAGUGGCCAAUAAAAUGGCAUCUGUUGAGUCAAUUGGUUCCUGUUCUUUGGACUUUGAUGGAAGUGAAUCAUCUUGUGCUUCAGACAUGAAAGAUGAAGUGACUGUUUCUGAAAAAACACUAAAAAGUUGUAGUGUUGUAUUAUCCAGUUGUGAUUCGUCUCAUGAUACCGAACUGUUAAGAGAAAAUAAUUGCAGUCUCCCAACAAGAGAGGAGAAGAGGUUUACAACUCACACCUUUCUAUAUAUUUCCUCUGAUGGGUCUGCUACAAAAUUAACAAAGAGACAUAACCCAGAUAUCAAAGAAGAAUGCAGCGUUGCAGAAAUUAAACUUCCAUCUUAUGUUAGCAUUAGUUGUGCUAUUAAUGGUUACACUAGUUAUGGACGUUUCUGCCGAAGUCGAGAUAAUAGCCCUGCAAGAUUUCCUUUAUCAUCUAGCCCAUUAAAAAAUUGGGAACAGUCACUUACUUGUAAUACAAAUUCAAAAUCAGCCAUGAGUAAUGGAGAGAAAGAUCCAACAAAGGAAUUCAAUAGGAACAUUUCAUAUAAAGAAUCUAAAGAAUUAUUUAUUGGCAAGCAGCUAGAAAUUCCUUUGCUUAAUGGUGGCGAAACACCGGUAAAUGAACAUAAUAUCUCUGAUACAAAUGGAAAAUUAGAUGUUACUGAUAAUGCUGUCAAUGGACUUGAAGAUGAGAAAGGUAUUUUGUUAGAAACUCUUCAGGAAUUUGGAAGCACAACAAGUAAACAUAAGUCCCUUGUUUUGCAAAGAAUUGAAAGUUUAUAUGGACCAAGUUCAGAUGAAAUUUGUAAAGUUCGUCCUAGAAAUAAUAAAUUAAUAGAACCUACUGAUAAAAGUAUGACAGUGACAAGAAGAAGUCCAUCAUGCCCACCUCAGGUUUCAAGGAAUCAGUCUAGAAGUCCACCUGUAUUUAGGCACCUCACAAAGGAUUUUAGAGACCAAUUAAAAGGAAGUGAUUCAAAUUCCUAUACUGUCACAAAAAAUAUAAAAUUAGUGAAUGGUUCAGGGAAAGUACAUACAAAAUCAAAUUUAGCAGAUAUUCCUUCUUCUCCUUUAUCACCAAAAGAAAAUAUUGAGAAUGAUGGUAAUUGGUUUAUUACAUUGAUGGAAAAAGAGAAGCUAAUUAUUCAACAGCAGAUUGUAAAUACAGAAAAAUAUUUAGAAGAUAGCAGCAUUCCAGAAGAAGCAUGUGGAAAAAUUCGUUCUGCAAUUGGAAAAGCAAAUCUUUUAUUAACACAGAAAUUUGAACAAUUUUAUCAGUUGUGUUUAAAAAAUAUUAAUCAAGAAAUUGAUGAACCUAUUCCAACAUCAUCAGAUUUGACUGGUUUUUGGGAUUUGGUUUUGCUGCAAGUGGCUGAUGUUAAGAAUACUUUCUCUGAAAUACAAAAAUUAAAAGAAAAUAAUUGGCUAGAAGUCAAGUCACCAGAAGGGAGAAAAAUUCAACCAAAAAUUCGAAGGCAAGUUCCUCCAGGAACAUCCAAAUCGAAUCCUUCCACUCCCAGUCGUUCUUCCAAAUCUGCAGAAUUAGCAAAAGCCAGGGAACAAGCUCGCAAACAGCUCAUGGAAGCCAAAAGGAGGGGUCGGAAACAAAAUGCUGCACAAGAUUCUGAAACAGAAAUAGCUAUUUUCAUUCCACAGAAUGCAAAUUCACAUUGAAAUGUCAUAAUAAUAAUAAUAUAUAUAUAUAUAUAUAUUAUUUUUUUUGUUCAUAAAGUAUUUCGUAACUAGCAGAAGACAGAAAGAAUUACUGUUUAAUUCUUUACAAAAAUUUAGUUUGUGUUCUUAUUUUUGUGCAUGUGGACAGAGUUGUGAAUCUUCAUUCAGGUUUGUUAGUCAUGGAUAAUUGUGAUUAUUCUAGCAAUUGUUAAAAUUUUUCUGUGUUCUUUUUUUUCUGUUCAGAAAUUUAGCUGUCAAAACAUGUAUCAGUCAACAUCAGAAACAGAGUAUUUUGCAUAGGUUUAGAACAAAAUUUUUAAUUACGUAAAAAGAAAAUUGCAAUAUUAUUGUUAAAUCAUUAAAUACAUUCUAAGUUUCUGUUGGGCGGAAAAAAAAUGUGAUUCUUGAAUAACUGUUGAAGUAUCUUUGUGAAGGUUGUAAUCUAUGGUCUGUUAAAUUGUUGAGAUAUUUUUUCCAACAAAAUUAGAAUUUAGUUCCUCAAAUGAUUAUUUAAUUGUUUCUAUUUAAACUUGAUUAUAUUUUACUAAGUCAUGUUAAAUGAAUAUAGAAAUGGUGUUUUUCCCUUAAGUAAUACAAAUGAUGCUGUAAAUAUAUGCUAUUAUGUUGGGAAGAUCUGUCAUUUUUAUAUAUAUAUAUGAAAUUACUCAAAGUAAUAAUUUUUUAAACGUUUUAUAAUAUAUAUAUGUAUACAUGCGUAUAUACAGCAUAUAUAUUAUACUUUGUGUACCUGUGUGUGUAUGUGUGUAUGUAAUUGGAAAGGAAUUUAGUCACUGGAAGUAGUAACUUGUAUACUUAAGAAUUUUGGCAGCAAAACCUUAAUUGGUGAUUUAUCAUUUGGAUUGGAAAAUGGUAAUUUUCUUACAAAAUGUGUGAUGGAAAUGAAUUCUAUAGACAUGUAAGCUGUCUUGAAAUAUCAAAUUCAUAUAUAGAUCACAUUAAUUACACAUGUAUGCCAAAUUCAUAAAUCUGAGCUCUAAUAAUUCAAUGUGGUCACUUAUUUAGGCAAUUUUUUUAUUAGUACAUAACAAGAAUUCAGUUGCUAGUUAAAUGGCUAGCAAAACAAAUUAGUGUUCAAAUUUUGAGAAUAGCCCAGAUUUAUGAAUUAUUCUCUAUACACAUGUAUAUAAAUACAUAGUAUAUAUAUAUGUAUAUAUAUAUACACACACACACAGAAAAAUCUAUAUUAUAUUAUUUGAUUGAAUGCAGCUUGAAAUUAUGUGCCUUUUAGAAGAUAUCUUCUAAUUUACAAAUUUCUGUAUAUGAUGCAGAUGAAUUUCAGACGUGCCAAGGGUUGUAAAAUGCUUAUCGUCAUCAUGUAUAAAAAUCACAUUUUGGAUGUACUUCAUUUAUCAGGUUUACACAUUCCAAAAGGUGUUUAUUGCACUAUCACACAAUUAUUUGAAAACCGACGUAUCUAAUAAUCUCACGUAUGAUUUAUUAAGUGUGUCGAUCGAGUGCAUGAAAACUGUCUUCUGUUCGAUAUCAAACUUAAAAUAAUCUAUUGGCAUUGAGGGAUUGCUUAUAUAAAUAUAUAUAAAUUUAAAAAGUUAUAAAUUAUUGGACUUUUUCUUGUCGACACACAAUUUGUUGCAUUGUAAACAUAAUUGGUAUAUUUGUCAUUGUUCAUGAAUAAAAUUGGUAUUGCAAAAA